AUGGCUGCGACAAUACUUCACAUCUCUCUUCUGGUUCAUUUCCUUUUAACUAAUUUUCCUCCAACAAUAGCUUGGAAUGGAACAACUCCGGUACAAGAAGAAAGUUACUUCCAAUCUCAAGCUUUGCCAAUUCCCAACAGUUUCACGAAUUUGUCUGACACAAGUUUCGGAUCGCCAAACUUGGCAGUUGAUACAGCCCAGCAGUACAUUGAAUACGAAGGUGAUGUGAAUAUAGAAGCGUUGAUUAUUCCGGAAUUUUUCCCUUAUAACGCAGAUUUCGAGAUGCCAGAAAUUUUGACUGAUGUCUUCCAUCAACAAGGACGGGAUAUCGAUGGCGCGCAUUCUGCCUGUGUCCCGAAUAUUCAGGUAUCACAGGUAUCAAACGCGGAAAAUGUUAAUCCUGAAACUUCAAAUAAUGCGGGAAACUUCCUGGUUUGGAAUGUUAGUUCGCUUUUAAACCAACCUGAAAACGAAUUGCCUGAAAUGGAUCUUCUCAAAAGCUGGUCGGAAAUUACUGUCGGGGAAAUUAUUAGUGAGCAGCAGCACAUGAAUUCAUACGAUUCGUAUGGCACGCAAACUGUUAGAACUCCUAGAUCGAAUGAAAUGAGUUCUGAGCGACCAAACAUGGUGACCGAAACAAAUCAGCUAGUAAAUGCACUGCACCAACGAGGACACAUCGACAGCGCGCACGCUGUUUAUCGUCCAGUUAUCCGAAGAGCAGAAACACUGAAUCCCGAACAUUUUAAUCCUCCAAAUGUCAGGGGGAGUUUUUUGCUGAGUGGAAGUAGUUCGCUUGUAACUCAAUUCGAAAAUCGUUUACCUGAAAAAGAGUUCCACAAAAGUGAGCCGGUUAUGACUGCGGGAAAAAUUAUUGAUGAACAACAACAUACAAGCCCAUCGGAUGCGUACAGUGGUCAAACUGUUACAGUUUUUAGGUGCAAGCGGGAAUCAGCACAAGCAUUUCCAAAGGCCAGUUACCAAUGCAGCAUUGUCAGUUGCAACCAGAGCAUGGAAUCAUUU